ACUCUGCCAUGUGCACCGCUGUGGCUGGGACCGGGCAGUGCUGCACAUCCCAAAGGCCACCAAGUCACACCCAUGUCCCUGCUGCUUUGCCGGGAGCUUCUGCGAUGCGAGCGAUGUUCUGGGAGCCGAUCUCUUGGACUGCGGCUACUCCAUCCCUGACCUGCAGCUGGUCAGGAGGGUUGUGUCCCAGGUGGAAUUCUACCUCUCUGACGAGAACCUGGCCAAGGAUGCUUUCCUCCUGAAACAUGUCCAGAAGAACAAGAUGGGCUUUGUCAGCAUCAAACUGCUGACGUCCUUGAAGAAGGGCGCAGCUGAGCCACCCCGCUCCUCAACACUCUGCCAUCUGCACCGCUGUGGCUGGGACCGGGCAGUGCUGCACAUCCCAAAGGCCACCAAGUCACACCCGUGUCCCUGCUGCUUUGGCGGGAGCUUCUGCGAUGCGAGCGAUGUUCUGGGGGCCGAUCUCUUGGACUGCAGCUACUCCAUGCCUGACCUGCAGCUGGUCAGGAGGGUUGUGUCCCAGGUGGAAUUCUACCUCUCUGACGAGAACCUGGCCAAGGAUGCUUUCCUCCUGAAACAUGUCCAGGAGAACAAGAUGGGCUUUGUCAGCAUCAAACUGCUGACGUCCUUGAAGAAGGUGAAAUACCUGACGCAUGACUGGGGGCUGAUGCUCUACACCCUGCAGUUCUCAGAGCUGCUGGAGGUGAACGAGGAGGGCACCACAGUGAGGCGAGUUUCUUCGACUGGCUUUUCGGUAUCAUGGGUCCCCAUCCCCGAGUCCCAGCUGAGCAUCCCCCCCAGCAAACUGCUGCUGGCCUGGGAGCUGCUGCCCCUGGAGCAGGACAUGCUGCACAAGGACCCCUCGGCACCCUCCUGGCCCGGCAGCAACUUCAAGCCCAGCGGUUUCGGCAACGCCUUCGCUGGCUUGCUCCUCGCCAGCAAAGUCCUCCCUCCGCUCGGGACAGGCAGCUUCUACGGCCUCUGCUCCAGCCCUGAGAGCACCCGUGGCUGCGGCUGGGGGAGUGGGCAUAUAGCUGCUGCCAUCAGUGAAGAGCUCUACUGCCGCAUCAGGCAGGGGUUCAUCCUGGAG